AUGGUCGAAGGUGACUCUGUAAUAACAAAAGAAUCAUGUAAUGAGUCGGAAACUGAAGAAGUGGAUGCAGAAUUUGAGGCAAGAUUUUUUGAAUUUCCAUUGAGCUAACCUUCACCAAGUGGAAAAGAUGAGCUACAAACGCAAAAUAAAGAAUAUUCUUAUGCUCAUGUUUUGAACACAUCAAAAAAUGUUGACGAUUAUGAAGUAUUAAAAAACAAUAUGGCAAGAAAGUAUCCGUUUGAACUGGAUCCAUUCCAACAGCAGGCAGUUGUCUGUUUAGAUCGUGGUGAUUCCGUAUUCGUUGCCGCUCAUACUUCGGCCGGUAAAACCGUUGUUGCUGAAUAUGCUGUUGCUUUGUGCAGUUUGCAUAAAACCAGGGCAAUAUAUACAUCACCAAUAAAAGCACUUUCAAAUCAGAAAUUUCGCGAAUUUAAGCUGAUUUUCGAAGAUGUUGGUCUUAUAACAGGUGAUAUACAACUGCAUCCAGAAGCUUUUUGUCUCAUAAUGACAACAGAAGUUUUAAGAUCUAUGCUUUAUAAUGGGUCGGAAAUUAUCCGCGAAUUAGAAUGGGUCAUUUUCGAUGAGGUACAUUAUAUCAAUGAUGCGGAGAGAAAUAACAGUGACAAUCGCGAAUACUCCUUGAAUGUUAAUAGUACUGCACUGAUCAUUGUUGGAACAACAGUAAAUAAGUUUGUUCAUGCUAUUCUUUCCGGGACGCGUGGACAUGUUUGGGAGGAAGUGCUAAUUAUGCUGCCAGCUCAUGCGAAAAUUGUCAUGUUAAGUGCUACCGUGCCUAAUUGUGUUGAAUUUGCUGAUUGGGUUGGACGCAUCAAAAAAAAACAGAUUUAUGUGAUUAUGACUGCACGACGUCCUGUGCCAUUGGAACACUUUUUGUAUACUGGGCAAGAUGGUAAAACUAAGAAGGAUAUGUUUAAAAUUAUCGAUAGCGAUGGACAGUUUGUGCAAAAAGGGUAUCAACUUGACAUUGGAAUUCAUUUCAUGAAUUUAUAUUUUGCAUAUUUUGCUUUAAUUGACAAGAAUGUUUACAUCACUGUUAUCGACCAUCUACGCAUGCAGAACAUAUGUGAUGAUAAUGCAUAUUUGUUGCGAUCAGUUGAUUUGACUACAGAAAAGGAAAAGUCUAGUAUACAUCAUUUCUUCUCAAAGUGUAUUGCGCGCUUGAGGGGUUCGGACAAACGUCUUCCCCAGGUACUACAAAUGAAGGAAUUGUGCAAGCAUGGUUUUGCAAUACAUCACAGUGGUAUUUUGCCAAUUCUAAAAGAAGUUGUCGAAUUGCUUUUCCAAAAAGGACUGGUCAAGGUAUUGUUUGCUACUGAAACUUUUGCUAUGGGUGUCAAUAUGCCCGCUCGGACGGUAAUUUUCGACUCACUGCAGAAACAUGAUGGCCGUCAGUUGCGAAUGUUGAAUCCCGGGGAAUAUAUUCAGAUGGCUGGUCGAGCUGGACGACGAGGUUUGGAUGCUACUGGGACCGUAAUUGUUUUAUGUAAAGGGCCUUAUGUUCCCGAUUAUUUAGAUUUAGUCAAUUGUAUGCAGUCAUUCCAGGGCAAACCAACAAAGUUGGAAUCACGAUUUAGGGUAACAUAUUCGAUGCUUCUGAAUUUGUUGCGGGUAGAAUAUCUGAGUAUCGAGGACGUACUACGGCGAAGCUACGUUGAGAGCGCAUCAUUGAGAUUAGCACUAGCACAUAAAGCACGCUUAAAAGAGGUAGAAAAACUGCUAGUAUCAAAAGAAGAUCCUAAUUGCACAGCAUGUUUUCCUAUCGAAAGCCGUUCGAUUGUUGAUUACUAUGAGAACUUAAAGAUAUUCCUACGAUCUCGAGCUGAAUUAUGGCCUGAAUUAAUUCGGUUUUCGGUUGUAGAUAAAUUGCUAGCACCGGGACGUUUAAUUAUCGUUUGUUUGCCAGAAGUUGGACGAAUUGCUACUGUGGCAAUUCUUCUUAAGAUAACGGUGGAUGGAAAUUCAAAAAAAAUGACUUUACUACUGUCAGUGGAAGGCGAUCAACAAAUACGUGAAAAAUGUGAAAUAGAUAGUUUCACACGAAUGCCACAGGAGGAACGACAAGAAAUCUGUGAAACAAGCUUAUUGCAAUGUGCAGCACUUUAUGGUCUUGAAGGUCUACCACCGCAAAAAUUCUCAGAUCAAGUACGAAGAAUAGGCUUUGUUUUGGAUGGUAUAUCAUUCGAUCGUUUGAUAGCAAUUUGUCAGAGAACUGUGAAGAUUGAUCCGCUGGCUAUUAUAGAAGAUAUAAAAUCACGAAAUCACCCGAACCAUCGGACUAAAUCGCCAAACGAAGGUGUCCGAAAAAUAAUUAACGAAAUUGAUAAUAUAACAGCAAAUUGGGAUAGUACCAAGAAGGGAAAUAUAAAGUUACCAGGGCAAGACAUACAAGUGAGCGAUAUUGACAUAUUUCAAAAAUUGCUUCAUUUGAAUGACCUUCGCAAUUUCCUCAUAAAUGAUGCAAACUUUCAUUGUCGACAAUGUCCGCUAUUCCGAGAGCAUUUCAUAUAUAUACAUGAUAAAAGAAGCCUACAAGAGAAAUGUGAUGAACUCCGUGUAAGGCUUUCAGCUGGUGGUUUGCUUCUUUCACAGGAUUACUAUGAUCGUAUUAAGCUUUUACGCCGACUGAACUAUAUUGAUGACUCAAAUUUGGUUUCUCUGAAAGGUCGCGUGGCAUGCGAAAUACAUCAUCAGGAAUUGCUAAUUACGGAAUUGAUGCUGGACAACAAAUUUCACUAUCGUUCAACUGCGGAAAUAGCAGCCAUGCUUUCAGUAACCACUUGUCAGCAUAGGUCAAGAGAAGGCGAUUAUAGAAAAGAUAAGGAAGAUGAAAUCGUGCGUCCACCACCAGUUCUAAAAGAGUUGAAAGAUGACAUCAUAGAAGUUUGUAACAGAAUUGGGACAUUCCAACGAGAAUGUGGUGUAAAAGAUGUCGACAUUUCUGAAGAACUAAGCUUUGAUUUGAUGCAUGCCGUUUAUGAAUGGGCCAAUUCCAUGCCAUUUGCUGAUAUAAUGCAGCUGACGGAUGCACAGGAAGGUUUGAUUGUACGUUGUAUACAGAGGUUGGAUGAAUUAUGUCGCGAUAUACGAAAUGCUGCUCGACUAGUUGGUGACCCUGCAUUGUAUGAGAAAAUGGACGAUACAUCGGCAGCUAUAAAGAGGGAUAUUGUUUUUGCUGCUAGUCUUUAUACUGUUAUGGAUUAA